GCUCCCAGCGCCGGGGUGGGUCGGGGCCGGGCGGGGCGCCGCCGCCGGGAGCCGCCGCGGGGAGCGCAGCGCAGCGCAGCAGCGGAGGGUGAGAAGAAAGGCAGCCUUGUCCGGCACGGAGGUGGGGCACUGCCGGGGCCGCACAGCAUUCCUGCUGCCGAGGGGCCGCGCGGGGCCCUACGCUGGGGUGAGUGCGACUGCCACGGGGCAGCAGCCGCCACUGCUAGAGAGCACCAGGCGUGGGCACCAUGGAGGCAUCGAGCCGCGGCACCGCCAGCCUGGCCCGCGGGGUCCAGACCAUCAUCCAGAACAGCCCGCUGGACCUCAUCGACACAGGAAAGGGGCUGAAGGUGCAGACGGAGAAGCCACACUUGGUGAGUCUGGGCAGCGGACGCCUCAGCACGGCCAUCACGCUCCUGCCGCUGGAGGAAGGGAGGACCACGAUCGGCUCAGCGGCGAGGGACAUCAUUCUGCAGGGCCCCGGGCUGGCGCCCGAGCACUGCUACAUCGAGAACACGUGCGGCACGCUCACCCUGCACCCCUGCGGCAACACCUGCGCCAUCGACGGUGUGCCGGUGCAGCGGCCCACGCGCCUCACCCAAGGAUGCAUGAUCUGCCUGGGCCAGGCCACCUUCCUGCGCUUCAACCACCCUGCUGAAGCCAAGUGGAUGAAGAGCAUGAUCCCUGCCGGCGGCAGGGGCCCUGCAGCCCUCUGCGGACUUGCGGCAAAGCCUGAGGCCCUGCUGAACGGCGCCCGGCAGCUGCCUUCGGCAGAGCCGCCGCAGCACCCGCGGCCCAGCCACAGCUCUCUCGUCAGCUCCAUUGAGAAGGACCUGCAGGACAUCAUGGACUCGCUGGCUGCCGAAGAGCCACCGACGCCCAGCUGCGCCGUGCCCAACGGCGGCGGGCGCUGCCUCCUUGUGCCACCGCUGAGCCCUGGGGCUGCCGCUGCAGGCUGCGGCUACGCCGGCGCCUCGCCACCCUCCUCCCCGCUGCCCUCGCCCGCCAGCGCCGGCAGCUGCACCAGCCCCUCGCCCGCCAGCCGGCAGCCGCCCGCCGUGCCGGCACGCUCCUCCAGCUUCGGCCACACCAUGCAGAUGCCGCCCAACGCCGGCAGCCGCCUGCCGGCCGCCCGCCAGCCCCCCGAGAGCCCGCGGGCGGGCCGCCGGGGCGCAGAGAGCAUGCGCCGCCUGCCGCCCCUCAGCCCCUGCCCCGCGCGCCGGGCCCCGGAACUGCCGCUGCGGCCUGGCCGCGACGUCCCCGAGAGCCCCCGCGCCCGGCGCCACGGCCGUAAUGAGCCGGCGGGCAGGAGCGCGCGAGCCGGCAGCCCCGCGGCCGAGCCGACCCCGGCGCGUCGCCCCGACGCCGCCCCGAGCCCCGUGUGCAGCCUGGGCUCGCUGGCCGUGCCCUCGCCCCGGCAGAGCCCCCACGCCCAGCGCAAGCUCUCGGGGGAGCUGUGGCCACCGUCCGGCCCGCGGGAGCGCAAGAACAGCAUCACCGAGAUCAGCGACAACGAGGACGAGCUCCUGGAGUACCACCGGCGCCAGCGCCAGGAGCGGAUGCGCGAGCAGGAGAUGGAGCGCCUGGAGCGGCAGCGCCUGGAGACCAUCCUCAGCCUGUGUGCCGAGUACAGCAGGACGGACGGCGAGCCAGGCGAGGCGCCGCGCGUGCUCUGCGCCGGCGAGGCCGAGGCCGCCGCCGGGCAGCGGGCGCCCAGCGGCACGGCCACCACGGGGCUGGGGCAGGCCGCGGAGCAGCUGGGGGCCCUGCGGCACGGGGAGAGCCUGGAGCGCUCGGACGAGGAGAACCUCAAGGAGGAGUGCAGCAGCACGGAGAGCACCCACCACGAGCACGAGGAGCUGGCAGGCCCCUGGGCCGCGGAGGCGCGCCGUCUGGAGGAGGAGCGAGCCUGCGUGCUCGGCCGCCUGGACCAGCUCAAGGGCCGCGUCAAGGAGCUGGAGCAGCAGCUGCAGGAGACGUCGCGAGAGGCGGAGAUGGAGCGGGCACUGCUGCAGGGCGAGCGGGAGUCGGAAGUGGUGCGGUUGCAGCAGGAGCAGGAGCUUGUGCAGCAGCUGCAGGAGCGGCUCUCGCACCUGGACUGCAGCACGCGGAAGGAACGCGACAAGGAAAGGGCAAAGCUUGAUGCAGAAAGGAAGGAGCUAGCAAAACUGCAGGCACUUUACAAUGAGUCGAAGAGCCAGCUUGAUAACUGCCCUGAGUCAAUGCGGGAGCAGUUGCAGGACCAGAUGAGAAGGGAAGCUGAAGCCCUGGAGACUGAGGUAAAGCUGUUUGAAGACCUGGAGUUUCAGCAGCUGGAGAAGGAGAGCCGGCUGGAGGAGGAGCGCGAGACAUGGGGUCAGCAGCUGCUGCAGAGUGCGGCUGAGCACCACCGCAGCAUCGCCAGGAGGAAGGAGCGGGUGGCCGCGCUGGAUGCCCAGGCCGCCCAGGUGCAGCUGCAGAGCGCACAGGAUGCCGAGCGCCUGGCCAGGGAGAGGAGCGGCACGCUGCAGCUGCUGCAGAAGGAGAAGGAAAAGCUCGCGUCUUUGGAGAGACGGUACCACCUCGUCACGGGUGGCAGGAGCUUCCCCAAAACAUCCUCAGCUCUCAAAGAGGAGACACUUCAUAUCUCAGAGCCCUUUGAGCUGCUGGAGGGAGCUAAGCCCCUGAGCCCCCUGCCAGGAGCAGCCUCCUUAGCUUCUCCUCCCUCCGCCCGCUCCUACCCCAAGGCGCAAGAGGAGUACAUGAGGCUGUCUGACGUUUUCAGGUUCUACCGCAGUGUGCACGGCCCCAGCCCGGACACUAAAGCUUCUGCUGCUGCCCCUGCUGCUGCUCCACGCUCUUUCUUGCUUGCUGUACCUCCCGCAGCCGACGAGUACGUGACCAUCGAGCAGCUCUCGGGGAUGCUGGGCAGCGCCCGUGCCCCUGCUGCUUCCCCACCGGGCUGCGCCCCUCUGGCUCCUCCGUCCUCGGACUGUGUUUCUCCUCCUGUGCUGCCUCUCUCUCCUCCCUCCAUCUCUGCAGAGAUGGAGAAGCAGCUUCAGGGGGGCCCAGUGUGGCUCCCAGCCCUUGAUUUAGAGAAGUGGUACCAGGAGGUCAUGGCUGGCUUUGAAGCCUCCUCCCCUGUCUCUCCUCCUUCUUCCCCUCCUCCACUGCCUGCUAAAGCUCAUUCCUCUCCACAGCCUCUCCAGGUCUAUCGUGCCAAAAUGGAGAGCGACGCGGGCACCGUUGCCCCUCGGAUGAAGAGCGGCACCCCCUCGUCCUCGCAGCUCAACAUCUCGGUGCUGGGGCGCAGCCCCUCGCCCAAGGGCCCGCGGCACGUCCCGAGCAGCGCGGGCAGCCUGCCACGCAACCUGGCAGCCACACUGCAGGACAUCGAGACCAAGCGCCAGCUGGCCCUGCAGCAGAAGGCCAGCCUGCUCUCAGCAGAGUCCUUGCAGCCAGGCGAAGUAUCAGGUCAGCAGGUGAUCGAAGAGCAGAAGCGGCGCCUGGCGGAGCUGAAGCAGAAAGCGGCAGCCGAGGCGCAGUCUCAGUGGGAAGCCCUGCAUGGGCAGCCUCCCUUUCCCCCCUCCUACCCUCCACUCAUGCAUCACUCCAUUCUCCAUCACCACUACUCACAUGGCAUUGGGUCCCGGGCCGAGGACUUGGACCACGCGUAUGACACUCUCAGCCUGGAGAGCUCGGACAGCAUGGAGACCAGCAUCUCCACAGGCAACUCGGCAUGCUCGCCCGAUAACAUGCCCAGCGUGAGCGGCAUGGAGGCAGGAAAGAUCGAGGAGAUGGAGAAGAUGCUAAAGGAGGCACACGCAGAGAAGUCGCGGCUGAUGCAGUCCCGGGAGCGAGAGAUGGAGCUGCGGCGACAGGCGCUGGAGGACGAGCGCCGGCGCCGGGAGCAGCUGGAGCGGAGACUGCAGGAUGAGACAGCAUGUCGGCAGAAGCUGGUGGAGAAGGAGGUCAAGAUGCGGGAGAAGCACUUCUCACAGGCUCGGCCCCUGACGCGGUACCUUCCGAUCCGUAAAGAGGAUUUUGACCUGCGGAUGCACAUCGAGUCCUCAGGCCACAGUGUGGACACCUGCUACCAUGUCAUCCUGACAGAGAAGAUGUGCAAGGGGUACCUGGUCAAGAUGGGGGGCAAGAUCAAAUCUUGGAAGAAGCGCUGGUUUGUCUUCGACCGCAUGAAGCGUACAGUCUCCUACUACGUGGACAAACAUGAGACGAAGCUCAAGGGCGUCAUCUAUUUCCAAGCCAUCGAGGAGGUUUACUACGACCACCUCCGCAGUGCUGCUAAGAGCCCCAACCCUGCUCUCACCUUCUGCGUCAAGACCCACGACCGCCUCUACUACGUGGUGGCACCGUCAGCUGAAGCUAUGCGUAUCUGGAUGGAUGUCAUCGUCACGGGGGCAGAGGGGUACACCCAGUUCAUGAACUGAGGGACGGCAGGAGGGGCUACCGCGGGCUACCCCCAGCCUGCCCUGCCUUCCCCGGCACCACCGGCCGCGGCUCCUCGUGGGCCCUCUGCCCGUGCCCUGGGACGCUCAGCCAGCUGCCGCUCAGUCGCCAUUGCAGCGUGCUGCUGCCGCGCCGGGCUCUGCUCUGUGCUCAGGCACCCGCAGCGAACGCCUUUCCCUGCUGCGCGAGCCCCAGUCACUCCACAUGGGCACUGCCACAGGCCCUUUCCAGCACCCCAGCAUCUGCAGGCUUUAAGGAUUCUUCUAUAAGUACCACACGCCGAUAUGACACAACCCGUCUUCUGAUGUGGCAGCGGUUCCUUCGCUGCGUGCAUGGCGCAGGCCCACUGCCCCAGUCCUUGCUGAAGGGCAGGGCAUGCAGCGGUGCAGCCACACACCCAUCCAGGAGAACUUUACAUGAUUUUAAAGGACAAACAGAAACUUGUUGGAAAUGUAUCACAGCGCUGAAAUGUACACAGCGCAAAAGCUGCCAAAGACCUGACUCUUCUGGUGCCUGGGGGUACUGCUGCUGGGCAAUGCUGGAUUUCAGACCUGCACUGCUGAACUGCUGCCAUGUUUAUGUGAUGAGAGGUGGUACGGCCUUCGGCACCACUGGCUCGCCCGCCCACAGUCACCCCCAGCCCCAGGUCCUUCGGCCUGCUCCCCUGGCACUGGCACACGGGGCCGUUCCUCCAGGUGGGGCCGUGCCACUGGCGGGGGGCCAGACCAGGAGCUGCUGCACAAGGGUGUGCGUGGGCAUGGUGUAGGGCCACAGCAGGCAGCUGGAGUGCCUUGGCACCAGCCGUGUAACAGGGCCCUUCCUGCCCCACAGGGCCAGUUUCGAAGAGGGCAAAUGUCUCUUCAGGGGAAGGGACUGUUUGGACCCCCACCUUGCUUCAGUAGCCUCAACCCCCUCUUUGCAAAUCUUUUCUAACCUAUGUACGUGACUCCCUCCCGCUGCACCGGGCCUGCCCCGGGUGGUUGCGGCACAGGGGUGGGCUGCAGCCCCAUAAAGUGUUUCCUAAGAGCGUC